AUGUUGAUUAAAGCUCAAGCAUGCUCUGGGUUACUAUAUGAUCCAAAAAAGAUAGACCACUUGCUGAAACUUGAUGGUGCAAAGGAGAGAUUGCAGCUGAUGAAAGCAGAUUUGAUGGAUGAAGGUUCCUUUGAUCCUGUUAUUGAGGGAUGUGUGGGUGUCUUUCAUACUGCUUCUCCCUUUAUUAUUAAUGAUAUCAAAGAUCCGCAGGAUGAACUAAUCGAUCCAGCGGUCAAAGGAACUCUCAAUGUUCUCAAGUCUUGUGCUAAAUUUCCAUCAGUGAAACGUGUCGUUUUAACUUCCUCCAUUGCUACAGUUGCUUAUAAUAGAAAGCCUAGAACUCCUCAAGUUGUCGUUGAUGAGACAUGGUUGUCAGAUCUUGAUUUAAGUAGGGAAUCUAAG